AUGACCAUCGAGGACUUUAUUUCCUUCCUCUCCACACCGGAUGCGGAAGAGAUUAUCCCGGCGGUCUUUUGCCCCUGCGAGCUGCGACAUUGGCAAGGCGAGCGGCGGCUGAUCUGGCGCACCGCCUACGUGCCGCACGGCGACAUGAACGUGGCGGUGGGGCCUCCGAAGGAGCACUUCGAGAAGCAGUUUCUCCGUGAGAUGGAGGGCGGCGCUCGGGAUGCCGACGCACAGAAUGACGAGAACUUCUUCGCCCUGCUGUUGCCGCACCGCUUUGAGAAGAUCGCUGGACAGUCGCAGAUUCCGGUGGACAUUUAUCAGGCUGUCUUGCCUGACCUCCACCGGAACCCUGAGGUGCUCUGGGUCAUCGCCAGCGGGGUGAACGACCGGAUCUUCGAUCAAAGAGGUGCACGCGCGAUCAUUCAGCUGGCCUGGCGCGAAGCGGAGCUCAGCCACUUUAUCGCCUUCCUGGUGGACACCUUCAUGGCCAUCCUCUUUGCCAUUAUCGCACUUUUGCUCCAUGAUCCAGACUGGAAAAGCGCCGUGUGGCCUCGGCCCAUCUGCCUGGGUUUGGCGGCCGUGAUUCUCGUGCGGAAGAUCUUCCAUGAGACCUUGUCGGUCAUGGGCUACCACGCGCAUGGGAAGCUUCGAGAACACUUGCUCUCCUUCGGCUUUGCAGGUGACGCCUUCCGUAUCCUCAUCACUGCUGUGAGCUUGUUGGGCCUUGCCGUGGCCUGGGAGGAGUUCCGCACGGCACAGCCGCUCCAGUUGGUCUUCGCCCUUGCAGGCUUCGCACGCUGGUUGCGAGUGCUGAACAACUUGAAGGGCUUUGAAUCCACCGGGAAGCCGAUGUUGCCCAUCCUGCAGGCCGUGCCGGCCACGAUUCCAUUCUUUUUCGUGAUCUUCUGUUGGUUCGCUGGCUUUAUCCAUUUGUACUAUUGCUUUGGCCUGAGCCAUUGGUGGACCUCAAUGACGGCGCUGUACCGCUUGGGCUUCCUGGCGGAAAUCAGCAUGGAAGAAAUCCUGCCGCAGAAUUCUGAGCUUUGGCGGAAGCCCAACAGCCCAGCCUCGGCCGAGGUCAUGAGCCUCAGCAUGUCCAUCAUCUUGAUGAACGUCCUCAUCGGCGUCUUAGCCGAGAGCUACAACCGAGGGUGGGAACACCGAGAACGGCUCUUCCUGCUGGAGCGCUCCCGCUUUUUGCUGAAUCACUUCACCCGCUCCUUCGCCUGGAGUCGCUGCCGCUGCUGCGGCCGGCGGAAGGUCAUGGGUGAGGAGGUGGUGGACUACGUUUGGUAUGCCUAUCCUCGAGCGCCCUCGACCUGGGGUGAUAUCUCGGCGGACUUCGACAGCAUGGAUAUGAACGUCCACGAGAAGAUGUCCGAGCUGCGCCGCGAGAUGCGCGAGGGCUUGCAGAAGGUCAUCGAGAAGAGUCAGGAGCCCCACCGCGCCUCCGACACCGAGCGCAAGAUCGACGACAUGCGGGUCAAGCUGGAUGAGCUAGCAGAGGCAUUCAAGGAGAGAAGCUGGUGA